AUGGUUGUAUUCACGUGUGGACAUUGUGGGGAAUCUGUACAGAAACCUAAGGUGGAGAAACAUUAUUUGACAAAAUGUAGAAACAAGAAUCCCAAUUUAUCUUGCAUGGAUUGUUUCAAGGAUUUCUUGGGGCAAGACUAUGAAGCCCAUAAUAAGUGUGUAACAGAAGAGGAGCGCUACUCUGCCAAAGGAUUUGUAUCCAAAGAGAAAAAGGGUGAAAAGAAACAAAACACUUGGGUUGAAAUGGUACAAUCUGUGCUUGAUGAACAGAAAGGUGCUCCUGCUAAUGUUUUAAGAAUAAUUGAAGCUGUCAGUAAACAUACCAACACUCCCCGAAAAAAGCCAAAAUUCAUCAAUUUUGUCAAAAAUGUUUGUGGACACAAAACAAAUCCAAAAGAUAUUGAUCAGGCUUGGGACUUAAUAUCUGUAAAACUAUCUGAAUUAUCAAAUGCUAACAAUAGGAACCAAAAUCAGAAGAAAGAGGCUCUUCAUGAGUUUAAAGAGAAUGAUGACCACACUGUUAAGGAACCCGAAGUAGAACAAGAAGAUAGUUCACAAAACAGUACAGAACUACCAAAUGAUGAAAAUGAAGAUAGUUCCCAAAAGACAGAUGAAAAAAAAUUAAGUAAAAAGCAACGAAAGGAAGAAAAGAAGCGCAGAAAAUAUGAAUCAGAAUUACAAAGUGCGGAAGCACCACCUCCAGAAGAAGCAGAAGUAGAAGUAGAAUCUAAGAAAGGGAAAAAGAAAAAGAAUAAGUCUGAAUCUGUUGAUGAUGAUGAUAGUCCAACAGAUUCUAAAAAUGGUAAAAACAAGAAACGUAAGAGACAAGAUACUGUCAAUAGUAAUUGUAAUGCACAGAAUGAACCCGCUGAAAAUGAUACAGAUCUUGUUGAAAACGUAGCUCCUGUAAAGGAAAAAGCACAAAAAAAGAAACAGAGGACAAAGGCUGAAGAAGCAGAAGAAAGUCUAUGUCUUCAUGAUCAAAAUGUUGCCAAAAUUGGUGAAUUAGCAGUUAGUGGGGAUACAUUUAAUUGGCAUGCUGUUAUAUUAUCUGUUUUGCAAAAGAAAGGCAAUGAGGUGCCAUUUAAAAGACUACAGAAGAAGGUGCUAGGUGAAUACACUGAGGCUACUGGUUUUGAUGUGGAUGACAGAAUUGCUGAUAAGUUUAUAAAGAAAUUAAAGAGUGCCCCAAAUGUGAGAGUAGACAAGAAUAGAGUCUUGCUCCUUGAUUAA